CUUCCCUUCGCUGCCACCUCCUGCCCUGCCCGUUCGCCUCUCCUCCCCUCCACCAUUCCUCUCCCCCCCAGCAUAAACACAGCUCAGCAGGCCCCAUCCCCAUCCCAUUGUCUCUCUCCGUCCCCGGGUCGGGGCUUAAAUCCAGCACGGCCAUUGCCUCGUAUUAUUCCCGAGGACUCCUUGGUUCUUGCUGCGUCGUUCCAGGGACAGGGUGGUGGUGCCGUUCUUGGAGUGCUGUUCCCGGGCUGCUGCUUGCGGCCAGCCGUCCCGUCAGGGUGGUGUUCGCCGGCGGCGAGGCAAUGGGGAGCGGCCGUGUCUUCUCCGUUGUCGCGUCCGUCGUGUUGCUCUGGUUGGGCGUGGCCGCUGCGCAGGGUGACUCUCCUUGGAAGACGCUUAGCGGCAAUGCUCCGGCGAUCAUAGCCAAGGGUGGAUUUUCAGGCCUAUUCCCUGACUCAAGUGAAUUCGCUUACCAGUUCGCGAUGAUUGCGAGCUCGCCCGAUACAAUCCUGUAUUGUGAUGUCCGGCUGACCAAGGAUGGACUUGGCGUCUGCCUGCCGGACAUUAAGAUGGACAACUGCACCAACAUUCCAGAUUUCUAUCCUAAGGGUAAGAAGAGCUACCUUGUCAAUGGCGUAUCGACAACGGGGUGGUUCUCCGUGGACUACAACGGCACCGAGCUCUCGCAAGUGUCUUUGAAGCAGUCAAUCUUCUCUCGCACGCCCAGGUUUGAUCCAAGCUUCUUCCCAUUGCUCGCCGUCGAAGACGUGGCAUCCAAGUUUAAGCCUCCUGGAAUGUGGCUCAAUAUCCAGCAUGACGGUUUCUACAGCCAGUUCAACAUGAGCAUGAGGAAGUACAUCCUUUCUGUGUCGAGACGUGUUAUUGUUGACUACAUCUCAUCACCGGAAGCAAGCUUCCUCACCAGCAUCAGUGGAAGGGUUAGCAACAACACAAAGCUCGUGUUCCGCUUUCUUGACGAGGCCACUCUUGAGCCAUCUACCAAAGAGACAUAUGGUUCCAUGUUGAAAAACCUUACAUUUAUCAAGACAUUUGCAUCUGGGAUACUUGUCCCGAAGAAGUACAUCUGGCCUGUUUCACCAGAUAAUUAUCUGCAACCAUACACUUCGAUCGUCGAUGAUGCUCAUAAAGCAGGGCUGGAAAUUUAUGCUGCUGAUUUUGCCAACGACUUUGCGCUCAGUUACAACCAUAGCUACGAUCCAUUAGCUGAAUCUCUCUCGUUCAUUGAUAAUGGUGCAUUUUCUGUUGAUGGCAUACUGACUGAUUUCCCCGUUACGCCUUCAGAAGCUAUUGGCUGUUUUGCGAAUUUGAACAAAAGCAACACAGAUCAUGGGAAACCUCUAAUUAUUUCUCACAAUGGAGCCAGUGGAGAUUACCCAGGCUGCACAGAUCUAGCUUAUCAGAAAGCAGUCGACGAUGGUGCAGAUGUCAUUGAUUGCCCUGUGCAAGUGACCAAAGACGGCAUACCAGUAUGCAUGGGAUCCAUUAACUUAAUGGAUAGUACUACUGUUGCAAAAUCACCAUUUGCGUCCCAGGCAGCAGUAAUGAAAGAUAUUGAGAGUGUCCUAGGAGUCUUUACUUUCAACCUCACUUGGGAUGACAUCGUGAAGAAUCUAAAACCCAAGAUAUCUACCCCACUUAGCACCUUCAGUUUGGACAGAAAUCCAAGAUACAGGAAUGCAGGCAAUUUCAUGAGAUUAUCAGACUUUCUGGACUUCUCAAAAGAUAAGGAUUUAUCAGGAAUCAUGAUUAGCAUAGAGCAUGCUGCUUUUCUAGCAGAGGAACUCGGAUUUGACAUGGUAGAUGCAGUUAUCAAAGCGCUUGACGACUCCGGCUACAACAAACAAACUGCUCAGAAAGUUAUGAUUCAGUCAACCAACAGCUCGGUUCUGGUGAAGUUGAAGCAGCAAACAAAGUAUGACCUGGUGUACAUGAUCAAUGAAGAUGUCAGCGAUGCCGGGCCUUCCUCCCUCGCGGGCAUUAAAAAGUUUGCCGAUGCCGUUUCUGUGGAGACCAGCUCUGUUUUCCCUGAAAACCGCCAUUUCACGUCGCACCAGACAGACCUUGUCGAGUCCCUGCAGACCGCCGGGCUCUCAGUCUACGCCUACACUCUCAUGAACGAGUUUGUUGCUCAGCCAUACGACUUCUUCUCGGAUGCGACCGCGGAGAUCAUUGCCUAUGUUCAGGGUGCCGGAGUGGAUGGGCUAAUCACCGACUUCCCGGCGACGGCCCGGAGAUACAAAUCGAACACUUGCAUGAACAUGGGGAACAAAACUCCGAGCUUCAUGGCCCCUCCUAGGCCUGGUGAUCUGCUGCAGCUCAUCAGUAAGCCGGCGCAACCACCGGCCCUAGCCCCGAUGCCCCUGCUAAUGGAUUCUGACGUGUCGGAGCCGCCCCUACCGCCCGCAAGAUUGAACAAUGGUACUACAGCUCCAGCACCUUCGUCUGCACCCAGGAUGCAGACUCGGAUCCCAUUCCUCGUCACCUUAGCGAUGCUUUGCGUCUGGGCCACGGUCUGAGGUCGCAAUGCCACAUGACACGCUAGAGGUCUGCCGGUCUACUAAUCCAAUGUUCUUUCCCCUCCCUCGGUAAUUCGUUUGUUCUUGUAAUUUUUGCGUUGCGGGGUUUAUAUACGGACGCCCCUAUGGCACUCAGUCCCUAGUGAUUAUCAGUACAUAUGUGUUGGAAUAUAUCCUCUUAUGUUCUGGACCGACUUCUCAACAAUCUGAAUUUCUGAGGCUUGAUUUA